AUGGAAUCUUUCCUGAAUCAGCAAUCCUUUCUUCACCAUGACCAAUCAGAGCGCAUUGCAACUUACAACCUCUAUUGCCGGGUGCACAACUUCCCUUCGGAUUGGACUGGAAAGGGCAGCACUGGAUUGGCAAUCAAGGACGCUCUUGGGAUGAAGACGCGGAAGACAAUCAAGAAUAUCUUCGGAGACAUCAAUUACUGUGCCAAGAACGACAUUGAGUAUGUUGGUCAGCGAUUCUAUUCACGGUUAAAGCCCGUCAAGAUUCCUGAUGGCUCCAAAGCUGCUGAGACUAUCGCUACUUUGAUUGAGUCACGAGGAGACAGUCUCAGAAUUGCCACUGACACACUCCACGAAUGUCGAAUUGAUGAUGGUGUGGAGCCGUAUUCUGAUUCCGCUGUCCGUGAAUUGGUCCAGCGUCUUCCAAGCCGGAAAGUUCCCAUUAGCAAGAUGAAGCAAGGGAACCACGACAAAAAUUCUCCGUGGGCUCGACGCCGCUUUGCCUGGGUUUAUCAGUUGCUACUUCGACUCGGCACGGAGAAGGAGACGGAGCCUCGUGACCUGUUCGAGCUUCCACCUUCCGUCCUGGAGGUGCCCGAGACUCUCUUGGACGAAGAGGAGCUCAAGUUGUACGAGGAGGACGGGACUGUGCCGGUUUACUUUGAUCCUCAAGCGCUGUUUGCUUAUCGUUUUGAUUUUGUGGCUUCCGACAGUUGA